AUGACCCUCAACGAUCUAAAGACGUUCGUCCAAGCCGAGACAAAUGUUCCUCCCGUGGCUCAGAUUUUUCUCAAAGAUGGAAGACCGGUCAUUGAUAACUCGGUAACUUUGGCUCAGUUUGGCGUAAACGAGGGAGAUUUGAUUGCCAUGGCCAUCAGCACGAACCCUCCGAGACGGCGACCCGCGGACGGCAGUUCUGGUGACGACUCAUUAGUUCAGAGAGCGCGAAACAGUAGUGGUCAAGAGCAGCUGAGACUCCGAAUCCUACAAGACCGUGCUGUAAGAGCCGAAGUUGAGAGGCAAGAUCCAGAACUCGCGGCGGCAGCUCAGGAUCCGCAGAGAUUCCACGACCUCUGGGAUUCUAGACGGAGACAAAAUGAACGGAUGCAAGCGGAAAAGGAGGCAAAUCUUGCACGGUUGGAGGCGGACCCGUUCAACCUUGAAGCGCAGCAAAAGAUUGAGGAAAUGAUCCGUGAAGAGCGUGUGGCAGAGAAUAUGCAAAAGGCAAUGGAAGAGUUUCCCGAAGCAUUCGGAAGGGUCACCAUGCUUUACAUCGAUGUUAUUGUCAAUGGUAACCCGAUCAAGGCCUUCGUGGACUCGGGCGCACAAACCACCAUUAUGUCUCCCUCCGCUGCUGAACGAUGUGGUAUUCUGCGACUGGUUGACAAACGAUUCAGUGGAAUGGCAAAGGGGGUUGGGACUGCUCAAAUCCUCGGUCGUGUCCAUUCAGCAGACAUUCAAAUCGGACAGUACAAUCUGGCGAGCAGUUUCACUGUUAUGGAAGGCAAAGACGUGGAUUUGCUCCUGGGUCUUGACAUGCUGAAGCGGCAUCAAAUGUGCAUCGAUCUCAAGAAGAACUGUCUGAGGAUUGAAAGUGAUGAGAUCCCGUUCCUGCCGGAGAGCGAGAUACCCAAGAUGAUGGAGGAGGUCCUGGAAAACGAACCAAAGGUGGAAGGGCCUGGCGGAAGCACGAUUGGGACGACGACCGGAACCGUCAGGCCCGGCGCAUCGGCAUCGUCGAGUGGUGCCCAAGGACAAGCAACAAGCAAUGCCACCGCGCAGUCAUCCACAUCAACCAUCGGUGGAACAUCUCCCACUCCAUCCGCUCCUGGACCUGGCAACUUUGGACAACCGCAACCAAUCACAGCGGAGUCGAUAGCACGAGUGACGGAGCUGGGCUUUUCACGGGAAGAAGCAAUUGCAGCACUUCGACAAGCAGAUGGCAAUGUCGAACUUGCGAUCUCAUUGUUGCUUUAA